AUGUAUUCAUCUAUCAUCACAAAGAAUUGCAUUAAUAAUACAUUGUGGAAUUAUUUUAAUGGAAUGGAUAAUGAAACACUAUUAUGGUAUUCUGAACCACUUCAUAUAGAUGAUAUUUUUGCAGGAUCUUUUCUCCUAAUAUUUGGUUUAUUUUUUAUAAUUCUUUAUUCAUUAGUUAGUUAUGUUAUGUUUAAAAGUGAUAAGGAUAUCAUCGGGUUUCGAUUUUUAUUUUCUGCCUCAAUUGCAGAUAUUUUACUUUUAUUUAAUUAUUCUAUUUGGCCAGGAAUUACAAUAUUAUUAAAAUCAGAAAUUAUAACACAUAAUAUGAGGCAUUGGGUUCAGAUGUAUCUUGAUUGGGUAUGGUUUUCAAUGUGUUACCAUUAUAUGGUUGUUGCAUGGUCACGUUUUGCAGCCAUUCGAUUUCCAAAUACUUUCAGAAUUCAAAAAAGAAUUUUAUCAUAUAGUAUUUGUUUAUGUUGUUAUGUUUUUGCUUUUAUUCAAGUUUUAUUAACACAUUUUCAACCAUGGUAUGUAGUUUUUUAUUUUGAACCAUCACAUUAUGGAAUGUUAUCUGAAAAUUUUAUUAAAUAUCUUACAGAAGGACAAUCAUUUUUUUUUAUUACAUUUCAUAUAUUAAUGGUAAUUAUUCCAAUAUUUUUUUAUACUUAUGGUAUAAUACUUUUAUUACGACAUAAACAUGUUAGUAUAUUUGAAAGACAUAAAACAACAUUAAAACAAGUAAAAAAUUAUCGUAAUGUUGUUUUAAAUACAAAUAUUCAUCAUUCAAAUAUUGAGGCAAGAUUAAUAUUUCCAUGUUUAUUUAAUACUAUAGUAUUUAUUAUUGGUCAAAUAGUUAUAACAUUAGGUACAGGUGAAGGUAAAUGGGCAACAUGGACAGUAUUAAUAUUAUUUGCUGCCAAUUCUGCAGUCAAUCCAAUAUUACUUAUAAUAUUUUCAACCACAAUACGCCAAAAAAUUAUAAAAGUAUUAGGUUUUGAUGGGCUGGGUAAUGAAAAGAUAGCACAUGCCAGUAUAGCGGUGUCUUUCACUCAUCCAAAAUUGUUUGCAAAUCCAAGUGGUAAAUUAAAAACAUCAUCUAUUUAUAAUAGAAGUAUAAAAUCAGAAAAUUCUUAUACACUAUCAGUACACCAUAUCAGUGAUGAUGAUGAGGCACUUGAAAAUUCUGUUAUUGUUUAA